GAAGAAGGAACUGGACAGUUGUCAUAAUGGGAGACACAAAGAAAAAACUUGAUAAUUUAUCAUAUAUGUCAGUAGACAAAGAAACAGAUGUUUUGGAUCAGUUGAAAUGCUGCCAGAUUUAUUUUCAGCAUUUUGCAGAUCCUACAUUUAUAGGAAACACAUCACAGUUUUAUGACAAUCUCCGGGUUCUAAUUGGCAUCCAGCAAAAAUUUCCUUCAGAACUUGAGUCGCAUACAAGAGAAGUAAUUCAAGAUAUUAACAUUUCAUUACUAAAUACAAUUGCUUCUUGUAGCAUACCUCUAGAUGGCCAGAUGAUGUGUUCAACAGCCUUCUGUGCAGGCAUUCAAGCAGUGUUAGAAACACAUGAAAGGGAAACUUUAUACAGCUUAUAUUUAAAUACAGAUGGAUAUAUUUUCCAUGAUUUAGGUUGGCCAUCCAUACACAUUUCUGAAAAAAAUGUAGAGGUAUUCAGAGUUUGUCUCUGUCAUGGUAUAUUGCAGAGUAAUGAAGUAUCAAAUGUUUUAUUGAAAGGAUCUGUAGUUGGAAGUCGGUUGAUUUAUGUGAUGUUGAACAUUCUAGAAGAAGCCUGUAUGAAAUACACAAGACUGACAAGCAUAGCAUUCAAGGUGCUGGUGUCAUGGAUAGAAAAGGUGUGUUUACAGCAGAAGUUGAAUAUGACAAAUGAAUCUUUGAGAAAAAUAUUUUCAAUCAUUAAUAGCAACUGGGAGAGCCCCAUAAGUGGUGUUAAAGCACAGAAUACCAGAAUCUUCAAACUCUAUUUGGAUGUGUGUUCAACAAACGAAAUAUGCUGGUAUGAUUGUGAUGCAGCAUUUAAAUCUGUAACAGCUGUGUUGUGUCACAUAAUGGAAGUGCAGCCAUGGAAAAUGAAGAGCAAAUAUUAUAUGUUGAAUGUGUUACUGUCAAGAUACGGCGUGAGGAAGGCAUUUGCAGAUUUUCCAGAUCUAGCACCUGGACUCAUUUCAAGCUUGUCAUACAGCCAUUUGGCAUCUGCAGGCAGUGAUGUGUAUAAAACUUGUCUUGAGAACAUGGAUGAAAAUAACUGGAUCGCCAUCUUCAUGACUCCACUUGUUGAAAUACUGACUGGUACAGAUGUCAUUAACAUUGAAAAGCAGAAUGCAUUCAACUACUGGAUACCAAGCACACUGAAGAAAUUUCCUCAACUUCUGAACUCACUGUUUGAUCAAAUAAGAGACACAGCACAAUCUUCUGAGUUGGAGAAUUCCAUUUUUUCACUGAUUUGUUUACUGAAACUUGGCCAAAAAUUUGGCUUGCUUUUCAACACCUGGGAUGAAAAAUUUUCAAUCAGUUCCUUUAAUUUCUUCGACUUUUUAAAUCUGAUGAAUUCUGCCAUUCAGCAUUCCAGUGACACAGUCAGAGCUGAAGCAUUUGCAGUGGUGUGUAUAUCUUCUAAGACUUGUAUUAUGCCUUCACUCAAAGAGUUUGAGUUGGUACAAAUAUUCUUACUGGAGAAUGUAAACAUUGACAGUUCACCUCUGCGACAAGCAAUUUUGAAUUCAUUUACUAUAUUUCUUACAAGAAUACGCGACUCUUGUUUUCAUGGAUUAAAAGUGAAACGUAACACACAGAUACCCAAGCAACGUGACAUGAACAGUAAAAAGAUAAGUUCAGAUUCAGGUGGAAAUAAUGAAGUAGACGUAGCUGGGAUGUCACUAAAUAUACAAUUUUUCAACUGGCUACAUAAUUUCCUCAUAUCUAAUCUUGAACCAGGAACCAAUUACCAGAGAAAGAUUCUUUCUCUGCAACUUUAUAUGCUGGUGUUAUCUUAUUUUAGUGAACCACCAGAAUGGCCAAAAAUGAGUCCUGGAAUAAGAAGGAAAGAGGUGGCCAUAGAAGAUGAGAAAGUGUUAACAUUGAAACAUGGAGAGUGGCCAUUCAUUUCUGAAAGCAGUUAUAAAACCCUAUUGAAUUGUGUUCUGGACCCCACUGAUGACAUCAGAGAAGCUGCAGGUUUAAUCCUGAUGAAGUAUUUUAGUUUCAAGGAAUCAGAUAGUGGAGAAAGUAAAUAUCUGCUGGAUUAUGCAUUACAGCUUUGUACCAGCCCAAUGUUUUAUGAAGCAGAAAGUGGGGCCUUGCUUAUGAAAAUCCUUGGUAACUGGACAUACAAAAUGCCACCAAAAAUAUCUAAUAAAUUGACUUCUAGCAUGGUGAGCAUGAAAUGCAAUGAAAAUAUGGUUCGAAGUAGGGAGCGUAUGCUGUAUAAUCAACAGAAAUUGUUGUCUGGUCUUCAGAAAAAGCCUAGUAAAUAUGCCCCAAAUAAAAUGGAAACAGAACAUACUGUAGUAGAACUUAAAAAGAAAAAAGUGGGAACGUAUGAGAAGGGUAUGGUUGUGAUGCAUCGGUCAUUAUUGAAAGAUAUUUGCAGUACUGAGCUCUCUGAUGGAACAGAAAUAUUUGAAGGAAUGGCAGUAAUAUCAAGAGAUGGAUUAGUUGGUCAGUCAACUGUUUCUUCUGUUUCUGAUAAGCCACAUUGUUUGUCCGACAAAAAUACGUACACAGGAAUCCAUAGAUCCAACCGUAUAGUUAAUGGAGAUGAAAUGAAAUCCCUGUCUUACAAUACGACAAAGAGAAAUGAGACACCCCCUGAUAUCUGGGAGAAUCAUACAAGUCAGGAAGUUGGAGUGGAACCUUUCUUUGGAGCAUAUUGGACUUCAUCACAGCCAUAUCAUCAUUCUCCACCAGUGCCUGACUCAUCUAACAAUACAGAUGAUUAUUUUUUUUUUGAGGACCUUGGCAAAGUUUGCAGGAAAUCUGCACCAGAAAUGACCAAUACUCACACCAGUGAACACAUACAAUACAUGUUUGAAAGUCAGGUAGAACAAGUUAGCUGGGACAAACAAGAAGUAGAUUCUCAUUCUGACAUUCAGUCAUCCUGGACACCGUUAGCAUCACUUAGAAGGCAGAUGUUUUCAAGAAAAGGAGUGUUAUGGAAAAAUCAUAGUAAAAGUAAACAGGUUGACAUGACACAGUUUCAUAAAUCUAAGGGUUUGGUUGUAACAGGUAGCACAGAAAAAGUGACACGUAACAAUCCACUCAUGAAUAGACCAAGAGAUUUUGAAGAUUCAUCUGUGUGGAGAUCUCAGGGUGUGUACAGCUCUACUUUGUCAUCGUCUGGAUAUGAAAAUCAUAAAUUUCAAGGGUCAAGUUUAAUUACUGACACAGAUUUUCCUUCCUUGCAAGCAGGGUCACAACGUAGAAAGCAUAAUGCUGGGAUUAACUGUGGUAAAAAAAACAAAAAAUCUCAUUUUUCUCAAUCCAGAUAUAAAGAUAGUAUUGUUCCCAAACGAUCCAAUGCAUACACACGACAGAAUGUGAAGCCAGAUGACUGGAAGUUAUUCCUGAGUGAUGACUUUGCUUUGAAUGAACCUCCUGAGAGAAAAUAUGUUCAUAAGUCUGAAAAUAAUGUUGGUGAAAGUAGCUGUCAACGUCCUUCCAGGUAUCUGGUAUCUAAAAAUGUCAGUGAGAUGUGCUAUAAUGGAUCAGCACCAUUGUCAGUUGUUGUUCUAACACAUGCUGAGGCACAACUAACUUUGAUGAAAGAAGAUCUUGUUCAGGCAGCGUCCUCUGGAUCUCCACUUCAUGGUGCUCUCACCACUUUAAUUAGACUUGCUACACAGUCAGAUGGGCCUGAGUAUGGACGUAUGUCUACAGAGGAAGUGGAGAGAACAGUCACUUUGUUGGAACAAACAGUUUCGUUCUUGUUGGACUUAUUGGCAGAAAAAUCAGCCUCAACUACAGAUGUUGCACCUUCAUUUGCUGAGAUGGCUGAGGCUAUACAAUGCAACAUCCAGCAGUCAUUGUCAGACUUGGUGUCUUUAGAUGAGGAAGGACUGCAUCUGUCUCCAGCCCACCAGUUGGUUUUGAAUUGUGUCUGGCUGAAUUUGAAAUUGAGCAGCUGUUAUUUACAAGGUCUGUUGUUUGAUGCUUGCUGUACUCUAGCAAGUGGUCUAGCUUGUAAUGCCGAUUGCAGUGCUGCAGUUGUAAAGCGCUGUGCAAGACUGAUUGCUCAAGUUCUUAUGCGAUGCCGGCAUAAAGGAGCCAUUGAAUCUGCCGGAGUUGCCUUGUCUGCAUUUGUGAAAACUGUUACAUCUCAGGCAAAGGAACGUAAUCAUGCCUCUGAUAAAGAUUUACACUUGAUGUUGGAACAAUUGCUGACUGAAUUUUUACAUUCAAUUGUGCAUGGGGGCAGUAAGGCAUCUGUCACCAGGCGUUCUGCUGGAUUAUCCAUACUUAUACAUAGAAUUGUGGCAAGUGAUAUGCAGACUGGCAAGCCACUUCUUCACAUGUGUAUGUCACAGUUGUUAGAAAUAGCCAGAACUCCCUUAGGCCAUGAUGUUAGUUCUGAACCACGAUCAGUACUGACAGACCUUCCACAAGCACAGGCACUGCACUUCUUGAAAGUCUUGGUACAAGAUUCAUCACUGAGACAAGACAUAACUCAGUAUAUGAGCUCAGUAACAAUAAUAUGCUUCAGCAAUUUCUCAUCUCCAGUAUGGACAGUCAGAAAUGCAGCUUUGCAGUUGUCUGGUGCACUCAUUCCAAAACUUGUAGGGCAGAAAAAAGUUCAAGAUGAGGAACUUACCCUAGGAAGUAGUGUCAGUGUUGAAGAGUUCUUCAGCCAUUUUCCAGAAUUGACUGAAUUUAUGUUAACCGCCAUGAAGAAAGCUGCAAAAUGCCAUCCAUCUCAGGCUUUGCAAAAGCAUGCAGACCUAAUUCCCAUGCUGUCUCUACUAGCAAAAGUUUCUGUAGGCAGUGAGAUAUUCAUCAGUGAGUCUUUGGCUGAAACAAUUGCUCAGUAUCGUGCUUUGUUUCUGAAGCUGAUAUCUAGUCCUAUCUAUCAUGUUCGGAAGUUAGCAGCAAAGGCAUAUGAAAGGUUUAUGCCUUUUUCCAGUACUUACAAGUCCAUUGUCACUGUUGUAGAUGAAUUAUGCAUGCAUAACAGAAAUUGUGAUGGUAUACAUUCCAGUUGUUUGGGUUUCAAAGAAAACUAUCUCAAUGGAAUUUUGUUAACACUGAAAUAUCUUCUGGAGAAGUUGAAACACGACAGUGAAAAUAUGUCAGAAUUGAAAUCCAAGAUACCAGAAAUCAUCACAGUGUUGAAAGAAAGUGUCGCUAAUUGUAUGAUCUGGGAUUCCUGUACAUAUCUCAACAGAGUCUUAUGUCUUGAGUUAAUAGAAGAUAAAUUUAAUGUUGUAGAUACAGCAUAUAUUUCAAGUGAUGAAACAUUUAAAAGAAUACUACAUGUGCACAAGACACUGGUGAAUGAGAACCUUAAUAAUUCAUUUAAACCUGGAUUGCUUCUCUGGGCUGCCAAAGUAGUAGAUGUGGUUGUGAGGAAAUGUUAUCCACAGGAUCUUGUUUCCACAUGGUACAAUUCAUAUACAUUGUGUAGUGAUUACCCAGAUGUUGUGACGUCAGCUUUUACAAGUCUAAAAUUGAGGCUUCUUCACGAUAACAAAAUUGACAGUGCUAUAAAGGCUUCAUUAUUCAUUGCACUUUUGAGGGUUUGUUUAGAAAUUACUGAGGAAUGCCCUACUUUGUUUCCACUGUUCGAUGUGAUGCUUGUGUUAAUGGAAGGACUAAAGGUGAAUGUUGUUAUUACAUUCAGAGAGCUGAAGAAGAUCUCUGUGUGGUUUAUUGGUGACAGAAAAAAUAAAUCAGAAUAUAGUAAGGCAGCACUUCCAGUGGUAACUGGACUUCUUUCACAGUACUUUGCCCAUGGACAGUGCAUUGAAUUAUCAACUCAAAUUUUAGAUUUUGUAUUAGAACUUUCACUCUGUAUCAAAGACAGAACUGAUGUAAUGAAGUACGAAGAAGAUUUUAGGCUUAGUGCUGCAACAGCUAUGCAUCUUUUAGCACCAUCACUUAAGGCAAUGUUAGCAGAAAAGUCCAAAGAAUUCUCUGCUGAAGAAGUGCUAAAAAGUACUCUUGAAAUCCUUUUAGAUGUUCAACUUACUUUGCUUCAAGAUGAGGAUAAUGAUGUACGAAAAGAAGCAGCAAAAUUUGUUCAUGCAUAUACCGCUGAGGUAAAUAGAACGACCAUGUCCAUGACAGUGAAUCCAUAUGCUAGCCUCAGAAAUCUUAUGAAACCAGAUGUACUUCUCACCAUGUUAACUGUUCCACAAGCAAUGGAAUUUCUGUGGAAGAAGAUGCAUUACACACAUGACCUUGAGAGUAUUAAAGUAAAACUUUCUCAUGGCUCUCAUGAAAAUGUCAGCAUUACUAGCCCCUUUGAUCUUGGAACAAACAACAUCUACAAUGAAGAAACAAAGAUAAUAGACAUACUGGGAAAGAGUCUCCUGGAAAUAAUUAAAGUUGCUAAUAGAGAAGAAAGAAAUGAACUAAGAAAGCUGAUUAAAUACAAAUGUGUGGAGUUCAAAGAUGAUGUAAGAACAGUAUUAUCUUUGCUGAAAAGAAAAGAAUCAUGUGGCAUUUAUUCUGCUUCUUCAUAUGAUGAAACUAGCUAUAUUGUUGCAAAGAAACUUAUAUAUCAGUCAAAAGUGAUGGACACUGUGAAAAUUAAGGGGAACCAUGAUAGAGGGAGUGUGAUGAAAGAGCUGCAGAAAUUCCUGAAGUUCUCUACAAAUUAAGUGUUUCUCUGGAGCACUGAAGAAGAGUUUAGUGUUGCAAACAGCAUAAACAUUACUGCUUGCUUGUAUUAUUUGCUUCAUACUACUAUACUGUUUGAGGGUACCCUAGUACAAUUAGAAUGAUCAAAUCAGGGAGGAUGAGAUGGGCAUGAAUGGGGGAGAAGAGGAAGCAUGUAGGAUAUU